AUGGUGUGUUCCCCCGCUGAGAGGCCAGCGUGCCCAUCCCCCGAACCAAAUGUGGCACUCUGUCGGCUGCUGGACUGGUGGCAGCAAGUCCUCAGAUCUUGGAGCUGCCACGUGGCGCUGGCAGCGAUACCUCUGCUCCUCGUCCUGCUGGCCCUGUGCUGGCCUGCGCCCUGUGCCUGGGACAGCUGUGGGGGGAGCUGCGGGCUCCAGCCCAUGGCUGCUCACUCAGGCACGUCGCACGUCGUGGGGGGCACAGGCGCCCUGCCAGGGGCCUGGCCCUGGAUUGUCAGCAUCCAGGACCCCUGGGAAGCAGGCACGGGUCAUGUGUGUGGAGGGUCGCUCAUCAGCGCAGAGUGGGUUCUGACAGCAGCCCACUGCUUCCUCGAGGCCAGGGAAGGAGGGCACAUCGCCAUGUGGCGCGUGGUGUUCGGGGCCACCCGCUUGACUCAGCCGGGCACGGAGACCCAAGUUCACGGCAUUAAGCGGCUGCUGGUUCACCCAUGCUACAGCAGCCUCACCAAGAGGAACAAAGUUGUGCAGCUGCAGUUGGACCGGCCCAUGCAGUGUUGCUACUACGUCCAGCUGGCCUGCAUGCCCAACGGCUGGCUGCGAGUGUCCGAUCUGGGAACGUGCUACAACAGCGGCUGGGGGCCACGAGAGCAAGAGGUGAGACCAAUGGACGUCCUGCAGGAGGCCCAGGUCUGCCUCAUCGACCUCAACCUGUGCAACAGCAGCCGGUGGUACUGUGGAGCCGUCCACCCCCACAACAUGUGCGCUGGCUCCCCGCAGGGCGGCAUCGGCACCUGCCUGGGGGACAGCGGUGGUCCUCUCGUCUGCAAAGACAAGAGUGCUGAGUACUUCUGGCUCGUUGGGGUGACCAGCUGUGGGAGAGGCUGCGCGAGAGCGAAACGGCCCGGAAUCUACACCUCCACUCAGCACUACUACGAGUGGAUCCUGGAACAGAUGGGGCUGUACUGGACACCGAGGGCUGCUCCAACAUCAUGGCCAUGGAGUCCUUCUCUCAGCGCCUCAACCCCUCUUCAGAGGCCCAGCCCAACACCGGCACAGUUGGGCUGGUUUAGCUCGUGCCCCUUUCCCCUCCAGAAGCUGCUGCAAUUCUUUACCCGGCUGCUGGAGCUCCUGCAGAUCCUAAAGGGAACAAAGGCUUGA